AUCUCUUCCGCUCCUCUGACUCGCCUCAUAAGGAUACACUCAAAUCCCCCUUUGUUUACUCUGGGAGUUUGCUUUUACCUGGUUUCACAGAGUAAACGCCUUUGCUUUCUAAUGUUUCCUGUUUUUUAGGCUACAGGUUUUGUUUGAUAUUUUUAACGUUUUUGUCGCCGGCUGCGUGGACUUCGACCUCGGUCUGAUACCUGUCUCGAACAAGGAAGUCCAGUUUGCUGAACCCGUCUGUGACAGAGACGACGGGUCCUUUGUAAAUGGCAGUUAUUGAGCUCGGAUAAGAUUUCUAAAAAGGCCAUUUAUUCUCGUCUUUUUUUUGUUUUAUAACGCUGGCUUGUGACAUUUGUGGGCAGUGGGCAGAAGUUACGAGUCAAACGGAAUAAAGCUUCGUCUCCCUUUCAAGGGACAAGAUGAACGCAACCUUUGUAAAUGUGGAUCCACCAGCAGAUAAUACUUCUUUUGUUCACCUGGAUGCACCCAUCCUUCCAGAAAAGUCAGACAUCUCCAAUAUGACCAUCAUCAGAACAGUCAAUGGGUCAAUCAUAGAGGAUCAGAUGUUUUUGAACACAGUGACUGCUCAGGCCCUCUCAGGGAUAUUUGUCUGGUCUGCCCUGCUCAUAACGUGCCACCAGAUCUACACACACCUGCGAUCCUACACCGUCCCCAAUGAGCAGCGCUACAUCAUCCGCAUUUUGUUCAUUGUGCCAGUUUAUGCCUUUGAUUCCUGGCUUAGCCUGCUCUUCAUCAGCAAUGACCAGUACUACGUCUACUUUGACUCAAUUCGAGACUGCUACGAAGCAUUUGUCAUUUACAAUUUCCUGAGCCUGUCCUUUGAGUAUCUGGGAGGAGAGAGUGCAAUCAUGUCAGAGAUUCGAGGGAAGCCUAUACAGUCAAGUUGUCUGUAUGGUACAUGCUGCCUUGUAGGAAUGAGCUACUCCAUCGGCUUUUUAAGGUUCUGCAAACAGGCGACUCUUCAAUUCUGCGUUGUCAAACCCAUCAUGGCCGUCAUCACCAUCAUCCUGCAGGCCUUUGGCAAAUAUCACGAUGGGGAUUUUAACAUUAACGGUGGAUACCUUUACAUCACGAUCAUCUACAACUUCUCAGUCAGCCUGGCCCUCUACGCCCUCUUCCUCUUUUUCUUCGCAACAAGUGACCUGCUCAGACCGUAUGAACCAGUGCUCAAAUUCCUCACAAUCAAAUCUGUCAUCUUCUUAUCCUUCUGGCAGGGAAUGGUCCUCGCCAUCCUGGAGCGCUGCGGUGUCAUACCCAGUGCACUCUUCAUCUACGGACAAGAGGUCGGCGCUGGCACCGUGGCAGCAGGCUGGCAGAAUUUUAUCAUCUGCAUUGAAAUGUUCUUUGCUGCCAUCGCCCUCAGAUAUGCCUUCACCUGCACCGUCUAUCAGGAGAAAAAAAAUGAUGUGCCAGAAAACAUCCCUCCUAUGCAGAGCAUCUCCAGUGGUCUUAAGGAGACCAUAAACCCAGGAGACAUGGUUCAGGAUGCUAUCCAUAACUUCUCUCCUGCCUACCAGCAGUACACCCAGCAGUCCACGCAGGAGGUGGUCCAGCCCAGCUCCAAUGGAAAAGUGGCCACAGGCAACAAGAGCUCCCACAAGUCUGACAAAAUCAUGUUGAUUACUUCUGAUGAUGAGUUCUAAGCAUUUGCCAGCAAGAUUCAGGUGUUUGAGUCUUUGCCACCCCUAUCUCUGACCCCCUGGGGAAACAGCUGUAUCUCAUAUCCCACAGAACUGGAAUAAAUCGAGGUUUUGAUUUUCAUAAUCCCAGUAUUUAAGAUGGACUACUUACUACUAUUCCAGUUAAAUGAAUAAUUUAAGCACCAAGAAGAUGAAUGAAACUAAUGAGAGUUUUUUAGGAUAGAUAGCUCAAUGACCAGAGAGCUGGUCCGUCUCAGCUCAGCAGUAAAAUUAAGAGAAAAUAUCAUGUAACCUUCACUGUAUCUGAGGAGUCAGGAGCUGUGCUCCUCCUAUAAAUCAGGCUGCUGGUUGUUCAGCAGUAUCACUGAUCCUGAUUCUGCCUCUGUCAUUAUGUCAGAGCUUAUUCUCCAGCUGUCUGAAGUGUGUUCCCUCUGAUUCUCGCUGCUUUCAAAGAGAUGAUUAAUAUGUGACUCCAGGUGGGCAAGCAGGGAAGCCAGCAUUGGCUGGGAAUAAGACUUCAUGGACCGUGUCUCCAGCUGCUUGUUUGAAGCAUUUGCUGAGCAUUCCCCUGCAUGGUUUCCUAACUAAUGGAAAGAUUCGUUCAGACACACUUCGGAGCAGGCACUUCAAACUGCACACUAUAGCACUUCGCAAUCCUUUGUAUCUACCGUAGCAUGGGCAAAUUGGAUGAACUUGUCUCCUACAAAGUGGGAGUUUCAUUGUUCUCAUAAAUCUUUCCAGUAUGCUAAAGAGCAGCUAGCUAGCCUUUCAACAAGCAUAAACAAUCAUCAUUCUGCAGCUUCUGCAUCUUUGUAAAUACUUUGGGCAGAACCUUUUUUAUUUAGAAGUGUUCACAUCACUGUUAUAAUUCCUCUCUUCAGGGAUUAUGAAAUAUGUACAGUUUGAUUUGUGUAAAUUCUGGCAUUGACUAUGUUGCAUUUGUGAAAAGUAAGAUGGAAUAAUGAAUGUACAAAUUUGAAUGUAUUUUAUGUUUGUAGUCCAGAUGUAGUCAGACUACAGCAAACUCUUCGUGGGCAAAGAGAUAAAAUGUGUUAUUUAAGAGAUUAGUUUCUUCUUGAACUUUAUGACCUGAUGAAAGGGAUACAUAAAUAUUAAGAGAUCACUUUUGUAUGUUAACUGAUCUAGGUUGUUUUACCCUCUUGUGCCAAUGACUGCUUUCUUUCAUGGGUAGUAGAAAUGAAUGGUACAAACUGAAAAAUACAACAUAGCUAUCUGACUGACUAUUUUGUCCUGUGUGGCUA